AUGUUUUUUGAGGCCCUCGAUAAGCCCAACAUCAAUGAUGAAUCGUCGCGCAAUUGUCAAGAUGCUGACGUAUCGAAGGGACUGGGGCGAAUGAAGGGCUCUUUGAGUACACGUCCGGGCCGGUUCCUUUUUAACGAGCAGCGUCGCCUUGAGGAGCGCAGAGUCGAGUUUGAUGUUGAUGCUUUGAAGCGCGCUGCAGAAACCCAUCUUGGGAGAGGCAAAAUCACCAGCUUGACAAAGCUCGCUGAAGGCGGAGUCAACCGUGUGUUUCUCCUCACCACCGAAGAUGGGUUCCAGGCAAUUGCCAAAAUUCCCUACAAGAUCACUGUUCCAAACCACUAUACAACCGCUAGCGAGGUAGCCACUACCGACUUUCUUCGAUCGAAGGGAAUUCCUGUCCCAUAUAUAUUCGGUUGGUCUGCUGAUCCAAACAAUCCAGUUGGAGUCGAAUAUAUUAUUAUGGAAAAGGCUAGUGGAAUUCCCCUGGAGACGAAAUGGUUUAACCUGUCAAAGGAUGAACGUCUUCCCCUUGUAACGAGUUUGGUCGAUAUUGAGAAAAAGCUGUUUGCUAUCCCUUUUGGUCAUUUUGGCAGUAUCUAUUAUAGGACGGAUGUUCCAUCAGAUCUGCAGCAAGACCUCUACAUAAAAGACGCAGUGUCUUCCGCGGAUGAACGAUUUUGCAUUGGCCCUACGGCAGAUUAUAUGUUUUGGUAUGGUAAACGCGCGGAGUUGGAGGUAGAUCGUGGUCCAUGGAAAACCCCAAGCGAUUAUUUGACUUCUAUUGGGAAACGGGAGUACGAGUGGACGUUGAAAUAUGGGAAACCCCGUCCCGUUCGUUUUCCCCAUGUGGUCAACUUUGAAGGCAUCAACUCUCCGGAUGACCACAUCCGCCUUCUUAGCCAGUAUUGGCCGUGGCUCCCUACCUACUUAGUGGAGAUCCCCACGGAAAUAUCAACCGCCCAACCUUGCGUCACCCAGAUCUUACUCCUGGAAACGUAUUUGUAUGCCCGGAAACACACAAGAUCUCGUGUAUUAUCGAUUGGCAACAUGCUACUUUGCCUCCAUUGCUCCUUGCCACGGGACACCCUCCAAUGCUUCAGAGCCCUGAUAGCCCCCCCCCCUCGAACACUAGAGAAGCCAACCCUACCCGAUAACUACGACUCACUUAGCCCGGAUCAGAAAUUGGCGGUAGAUGAAAUAUACCGAAGGAGAGCCCUACAUUAUAUCUACAUGGCAUUUACAGGAGGCUUAAAUGAGCCACAUCUUGCAGGGAUGACAGAUCCCCGUGUCCUUGUAACACAACACCUUGUCGAGCGGGCUGAGAAGAAAUGGAGCGGUGAUAUCUUUAGCUUAAAAGGUGCACUUAUUCGAAUAAAAGAGAACUGGGACUGUUUUAACGAAAGGCUACCAGAACCAAUACCGUGUCCCAUUUCCUUUCCCGAGUCUGAAAUCACCGGAUACUACGAGCAGGAGCAGACAUGGUUUGAGAUGAACCUUCUUGUCGAACACUGGAAAUCGGAACUACAGGGUGUGAAUGAUGAUGGAUGGGUCAGGGCAGAAGCCUAUGAUGAGGCUGUGCAGAAGAAUGCGGAGAUAAAGCAGGGCUUGCUGAAUGACUCGGAUACAGAAGAGGAAAGGCAGUAUGUUCUGCAGCAAUGGCCUUCCCAAGACCAUGAGGAAGAUCCCAAUUGA